AUGAGGAUGUUCCUGUUGUCUCUGGCUUUUUUGGCGUCUCUGAAGGUUUUCCACUCAGCUCCUGGUCACGCUCCACCAGCUGUACUGACAGAAACUCUGAAACGACUAUCUCUGGAAGGGGUGAAGUUAGUAGAUGAGGAGGUGCAGAGAGCUCUUUAUGGCAUUAAGCAGAUGAAAGAAGUGAUGGCGAAGAACGAGGAGAAACACGAGCAGCUCAUCAAGAUGCUUCAAAACAGCAGAGAAAAGAAGACGGAGGCGGCAGAGAUGGCACGGCAUGUGGUAAAGAAGUUGGACAAGGCUGAGGAGCAGUGUAAGGAGAAUCUGAAAACCCUGUGGGAUGAGUGUCAGCCCUGUCUGCAGGACGCCUGCAUGAGCUUCUACAACAACACCUGCCGUCGCGGCUUCGCUACUUUCGCCAGUAAGCUGGACGCUUUCUUCCACAAGUUAAGCACUCACUUCGGCUUACUAAUCACCCGAGAAGAACUCACUGUGAACAAGAGUGCAGAGACGCCCGAUCUGGAUUUGAAAAGUAUAGAGGACUCGUUUAACAAUCUGGUCUCCAAAGUCGAUAAUCUUGUAAACCGCAGCAUGGGACUGGUGUUCAGGUUCCACAGCAAGCUGGAUGAAACACUGCAGCAGGCCUUCGCUCCAGAGCCAAAGGAAGAUAAGGGGAUCCCAGCACUGGAUUCAGAUCUUCUGCAGGGAGCAGGAAUAGGACUCCAGGAAGUGUUGGAGUCCUUUGUUGACUUUACGAUCAGCGUGGUGGAGGAGUUUGAAUCUGUGAUCACACAAGCCUUUGAUGACGCUCAUGGGGUCCUAGAGGAAGCAGAGAUGGAACAAGAAAAGCAGCUGCACCCUGUGUUUAUUCAGAACAAGAAACUGUGUAGAGAUCUGCGUAGACAGUCAGCAGAGUGCUGGCAGCUCCAGAGCAAAUGCCAAGCCUGCGAGGAACCUCUGUUCUCUGAGUGUCCAAGCAUGCAGGAGUUACAUAUCGAACUGAACGAGAUAUCUGAGCUGCUGGAUGUUGCUAAGGAGCAGUAUGAUGAGGUCCUAGGUAUCGUGCAGCAUCACACUGUGGACACCAUCAGCUGGAUCGAUGACAUGGCUGCCCAGUUUGGCUGGGUGGCAGAGCUUGCUGAUGGUAGCGUCGCAAAUGAGAACGUCUUCAGCAUCACCACGGUGAAGAAUGAAGAGAUGGUUAAUGUUAAUGUUCCAGGAGGAGAAACGAACACCCCUGAAGCUGACGUUAAGGUUCUGGUGAACAUCUUGAAUGCUCCUCCUCUUACACUCACUGUUCCAGGCAGCCUGGAUGCACAAGACCAUGCUUUCAUUCAGUACAUAGCCAAUGAGGCUUUGGGAUUCUACAAGAAGAAGAACAGGCUGGAAGAUGCCUGAGACUGCCUGGAG